AUGGUGUCCAGGCCCGAGCUGGUGUGGCCUGAACGUCCAGCCACAGCCACGCUUGUGAACGCAGGGUCCAGGCACGAAGCGCCCGGCGAGGGCAGGGGCCUCGCCCGGCCGGGCAGUCCUGGGGCAGAUCCCGCUGCGGGCAGCAGGAGCGGCUGGCCUGGGGACCUCACACCAGUGCGCUGGCGGUCCUGGUCCCUGCCGGACACCCAGCAGCACCGCAGCCCCCUCCGCCUCUGGUGGGGGCGGGGCAACGCUUGUGCUUGGGCACGUGGGGUGUGUGGGUCUGUGGGGGGCGCCCCUGUGGGGGCGCGUGGGGGCGCCCCUGUGGGCGUCAGGCAGCACAGGGCCACGCCUGCCUGUCGCCAGCGGCUUCACCUGCCCGCUCUGCAGAGUCUGGCCACCUGGGAGAGUGAGAACAAGAUCCGCUGCACACAGACGCUGCUGGAAGGGGACGGCCCCAAAACCUACUGGACCCGGGAGCUGGCCAACGACGAGCUCAUCCUGACCUUCGGCGCCGACGACGUGGUCUGCACGAGAAUCUACGUGCGGGAGUGAAGGGCCACCUCGUCCUGCAGGGCGUGGACACACGUCUGGACCCCGAGGGCCAAGCCAUCGCUGCUCCCCCAGCCCCUGUAGGCCCGGCCCC